UUCCUUGAUCCAACCAUGUGAGGUCUGUGGGCAUCAUGCUGGGCACAGAGGGCCAGUGGUCCAAGGCGUUAGCCAACAACAAUAUAAGAGCCAUUCUCCGCUGGCUGCGGGAGCUCACAGCUGAAGGUGAAGCUGAUGUGGAGGAAAUCCUACCAACUUUCAGCUGCUGGGUACAGAGGACAUCAGAGUUUGCUAAAAAGGAGUUGUUAACACUAUGUUUCAGCCGCUGCCAGGGCCUGUGGAUGUUUCUGGACCGCAGUGCUUUCACCAGGGUGCACAUGCUGCUCCAGAGACUGAAGAACUUGCUCACUCUCACCCAGUGGGCAAGAAAGCAGCUCAGCUCAGCCCACCUCUGGCACGGUGUUGGGGUCCCAUGUGUGGUCUGCAGGGACACUUACAGCUCCUCAGACGUCAGACGUGGCUGCUGGAACCGAGAGCACAAAGCCCUUAAACAACACAUCUGGCUAGGGCAACUGGUUCAGUGGUGGGGCAUCAUGGGACUCCUACCCAAGUCCCCUGAGGCUCAAGAGGUGAAGCGUAUCUCUCAGAUGUGGAAGGAAAUGGAUCACAGCCAUCGGAAAGCUUGUCUCGAGACGCCAGGGUGGGAGGAGGGAGGAGUGGAAAGAUACAGGUCUUUGAUACAGGGGAUGGUGACUCAGCUGGACAGGCAGCAUGGAUGCAUUUGGACUUCUGAAGACGGCGCAGAGCAGUGCUAUCCUCCUCCAAAUCUGCAGGCCCUGCUAAAGCUCGUGCUAGUGCCUCGUAUCGACAACGUGUCAGUCCAAGCGCUUCUCAUGUACUUUGUCUUGGAUAUGGCAAACUUCCUGCAGUGCAAAGACGACCUCCUUCAGUCUUUCUGCCACGCCUUCACUAUUCCCUCCAGCUUUUCCCAACAACUCAGGGCCUUCUGGAUGCUUGAUCAUGGACACAUCAAGGCCUCCAUGGAGUUAUUACUGAGCCCCAGGGCUGCUGCUCCCUGUCUCUCCUGGCAACAUCACUGCAUCAUCCACUGCCUGCUAACAAGGAAGCAGCCUCAGUUGGCUUUAAGGUACCUCCACUGGACCAGACCUGCAAUAGAGAGCACUGAGGAUGCUAAGCUCUGUGCAGACGUGCUGCUUCAAAACAGUUGCGUCUCUAAAGCCUGGGCUCUGUUGAAGAGAGGCCACACUGAAAGCGAAAAUGUGGUCAAGUACUUCCUCCAGGCCUGUGAUGGAUUUGGUUUGUGUGCAGAGGCUUUAAAGUGCAUCCCUGCAGAAUACAAUGGUGAAGAGAACAAAGGAAAUGGGACUACAGGGCCACAGUUGCCACAGAUAAAGAAAGCAGAAAGGCCACCCUGCCUGCUGUCUGCCAAACUUUAUGAGGCUCAGAGAGACAACACAAUGUCCCCAGAGGAACUGGUCCAACUAGUCAGAAAGGCUGUGAUGGAAGUGAGAAAGCCACAUCCCAAGAUAAGUGAAAUGGUGUGGCCAGAGCACACGGAGAGAAAAUCGAAAAGCAGAGAGAUGUUUCUGUCAACCAGGGCUCUCCGUCAUCUCACGCCCAGCCCCUCCCCAAUGGACAUGGUAGAAGACACAGAGCAAACAGCACAUACAGAUGAACCAGAAGAGGAACAGCCUGUCCAUAAUGAGCCUGAGUCACAAGAGCACAUUUCAUCUUCUGAGGAUCUGAGCUCUGAGUAUGUCUCCUCCUUCACCUCAGCCUCCUCCUUGCCUCGGUUGAGACGGCAUCCUUAUGUGUAUGAAAGUACUGUGACUCUGCAGAGGAUCUCCUCUCUCCUCAAUGAUGGAGAGAACCAAAGCAGGGAAGAAGAGGAGGAGGAAGAGGAAGAUGACAAAGAGAGCAGGAGCCCUUCAUCAGCUGGUGCCUUGUCAGAUUGACUUGAGCCUGCAGGGACACUAGAUGGCGCCACAGACCCCGUUUACCUGAGCAACUUGAAGAAAGACAUUUUGGUGGAGCCGGUGCUUUCUGCAGAGGAGGGAGAAGAGGAUGUUAAGACAGAGGUUUUCUCAAGAGAGGACUUCCUCAGUGUUGAUGCAGUUUCAGGAUCUUUCAUGGACGAAACCCUACCUCUAAAU